AGAAACACUCUCAAGUUAGAAACAUCUGUGUGCUGUUUCCAUCUACAUCUCUCUUCCUCUUUAUACUUCCAUUUCACCUUUAUAUACCCUCCCUCCCCAUUCUCAUUCUUCCUACACCAUCACCACAUUCUCUCUCUCUCAGUUCCUUCUUUUCAGGAAUUUGGAGAGAGUAGUGAUUUGAUUUGAAGAAAACAAUCAAAUAUGAAGUUUUCAAUGAUUUUUCUUGUUAGCAACAUUCUACUUCUUGUAACUUCACCAGCAUUUGCGAAAACUGUAAGUCCACCGGCCCCGAUCGCACCGACUCCAACUCCAACUCCGGCCCCCGCACCUGCACCAGAUUAUGUAAACCUAACUGAACUUCUCAAUGUUGCUGGUCCAUUUCACACUUUUCUCGGCUACCUCGAAUCCACAAAAGUAUUGGACACAUUCCAAAACCAAGCAAACAACACAGAAGAAGGAAUCACAAUCUUUGUACCAAAAGACAGUGCCUUCAAUUCCUUGAAGAAACCAUCUCUAUCCAAACUCAAAGAUGAUGAAAUCAAACAAGUGAUCCUUUUCCAUGCAUUGCCACAUUUCUAUUCCCUUUCCGAUUUCAAAAACCUUAGCCAAACUAGCUUAACUCCCACGUUCGCAGGAGGCGAUUACACGCUGAAUUUCACCGAUGAUUCAGGAACCGUUCGCAUUAACUCAGGAUGGUCAAUCACCAAAGUAACAAGUGCAGUUCAUGCAACUAACCCUGUUGCAAUUUAUCAAGUCGAUAAGGUCUUACUUCCCGAGGCUAUUUUCGGAACUGAUAUUCCUCCUGCACCUGCUCCAGCGCCUACGCCAGAGAUCGCGCCUGCAGCAGACUCCCCAACUGAAAAAAGUGCUGACAGUAAGUCGUCUUCGCCUUUGGCUUCGCCCGAUGGUUCAUCUGCUUACAAGGUACUAAGCUAUGGAAUUUGGAGCAACAUUGUAUUGGCAACUUGUGGUGUGUUGGUGAUGUUCUUGUGAAGAUGAAGAUGAAUUUGUUGAGUAUUUAAUUUUGAUGUAUCUACUUUUGAUGAUGAUAUUUGCUUUGAUUUGAAUCAUUUUUUUGUGAACAUAAUGUGUUAUUCAAUAUAUGUAUGAGAAUGUGAUUUCUAUUAAACACUUUUUUAAAUAAAUAAAUAAAUAACUUGUAGCAUGUUAUUUUCAUGUUA